UACUGGUCUAAAAAGCGCUCAGAUUUGCUCAGUUUAGUACUGCCGGCCAUUCGCUUAGCAAAGAAGCCUGAAACUCGUGAAAAUCUGUUUUCCUCAUGGUUUUCACUUCAAUUGUAAACUUUGUUCGCAGCCGAGGGCCAGAUGAGUUUUGGCGGAAGCGGAAGAUCUUCAAACUCGCGGCUCAUUUCCGAGGUCGUAGGAGGAAUUGCUACUCCAUAGCCAUCCGUAAUGUUCACCGAGCGCUGCAGUAUGCCACAAAGGGGCGCGAUCUGAAGAAACGUGACAUGAUUGACCUGUGGUCAGCCAGAGUAUCUGCCGGAACAGAGCAGCAUGGAAUUUGCUUGUACACAUUCAUGGAAUGCCUGCAGAGGAGCAAUAUUCUUCUGAACAAGAAGGUUCUGUCUGAGUUGGCCACUUGGGAGCCUCGGACCUUUGAGGCUAUCGCUCGUGUUGCAAGAGAAAAAGCCCAGAUUGACGGCCUGCCGAAUGUAAAGAAUCAGCACGUUCCCACGGGAGUCUUCACGAGAGGCAUGCUCAAAUGAUUGUUUCUCGAAUUUAUUAUGUAGUAAUAUAGAAAUUACAAAAUA